CAGGAUGGAUGCUGCUUUAAAGGGUCCUGAAGUGUGUUGCUGUUGGUAUGGACGCGUCUGUGGCCGCUUUUCCACAUCUCGGUAUUGAUAAGCGAAUGGGCCACACUACAAUUUACUGUGGAGGAAGCCGGAGACGGCGGCUUUGGACAAAAUAAUGUAAUCCUUGCCAUGUGCCAAUCCGCGUCAACUGCCAGUGUUAAACUUCUUUUACCAAGGCACAAGUCACAAGUCACAAGUCACACCGGCGAUACAUCAUCUUUCAUCACGCGUCAUACUGUCUGUCAAUAUCUUGAAUACUUGAGCAGGCAGAGAACCAAAUUACGAGGCUCUCUGCGGCAAUCUCUCUCAACAUGCUGUGGAAUUAACUCGAGCACGCGUCCCCUUCCCAAACCGCAGGUUGCGGCCUAAUCCGGGCACCAAUUCUUCCUCCUUUCCUUGAGCGCUAUCAGAGACUCUUCCACCCUCGUCAGCCUCUCGGCUGGCUUGAAGUCCUUCAGAUGUCUUACCAGGGUCCCAUCCCAGGGACGCCGAGAGUGAUUUCGCCCUCUCCCACCCCAUCCGAGACCUCCGAGCGUCAAGACUCCUAUUUUGCGCCGGUCACGCGAUCUGCUGCCAGAACACAGCGAACGAGAUCUCCGCAACCAGAACCUAUCCAUGAAGAGAAGGAUGGCUCCAGCUCAGACUCCAGCCUGGAAAAACGUGCUAGGACACGAUCAAGGAGUCCGAUUCUUUCUGCCGCGACUUACAUGAACGGUACUGCCGGUGCAGGCUCAAAGAAGCGCCGUAUCAGCGGCCUCACCCCCAGGUCAGCCGUCGCAAAAUCGGAGCCAUUGACGAAUGGUGAUAUUCCGGCAGAGUCGAAUGGCCAUCUCUCUCCUUAUGACCGUGUGAAGAAAUCCUGGCGCGAAUUCUCCCGGUCACCAUCACCUUUGGGUCUCAUUCCCCUACACCGACAUUACCGAACUCUCAUUCACAAGCACGAAAUUCCGAGAAAAGUACUUCAUGUCUCAAUCGGCUUCUUCACGCUCAAAUAUUACGCUGAUGGCGUCCAGGCGACCUCGAUAACUCCAUGGCUGCUUGGUUCUCUUGCCAUCAUAGGCCCUACCGACAUCCUCCGACACCAUUCCGACCGCUUCAAUCGUUUCUACAUCAGAGUGCUGGGCGCAUUGAUGCGUGAGACGGAAGUGGACGGCUACAAUGGUGUAAUAUUUUACCUAGUGGGUGCCUAUAUCGCAUUGCAAUUCUUUCCCAAGGACAUUGGAACGAUAUCCAUUCUAUUAUUGUCCUGGUGCGACACAGCGGCAAGCACUUUCGGUCGGCUCUAUGGACGCUAUACAAUCCGACUUCGACGAGGAAAAUCUUUGGCUGGCUCCUUAGCUGCUUUCGUUACAGGAGCACUUGUUGCGCUCGUUUUCUGGGGCUAUGUCGCACCCCGGACUGGUCCUUUUCCGAAUGACCCACCAAAUGCCUACAUGUUUCACCACCGCCUUUCUUUGCCAGGUCAGGUCAAGGAACUCCUUGGCUGGCGACCCAGCAAUGGUGUGAUCAGCGGCAACACGGCACUGGCUGUUAUGAGUGUCUGUACGGGUCUCAUUGCCAGUCUGUCCGAAUUGAUAGAUGUAUGGGGGUUGGAUGAUAACCUGACGAUACCGGUCCUGAGCAGUGCCGGGCUUUGGGUGUUUUUGAAGGUUUUCGCUUGAUCGGAACAUCUUGUUCUGCUCUCCUACGGAUUUGUUGCAUUUUGUUAACGAAGUGAUGUCUCCUGAAUUGUUGUUCUAGCUAAGUGGACAUACCACUAUCGAUACUUUAAUGAGUUACUCCAAAAGGAGAAGACCUCUUUCACUUUCC